CUCAUAAACCACGCUUUGUAACGAAAUUAGGUUAAUAGGGAUUUUAAAAGUCUUUUCAGUUUGAUUGGUUAUUAAGAUUUCAGUAACGUACACUGAAAAAUCGUUGUGUAUAAAUGGCAAAACGAUCAGCAUGUUUGUUCACCAUCCUUAGACGUCACAAGAAUCCCAACAGAUCAAAGAAACGUGAAGAAGUAAUGGAGAACCCAUCACUGAUCAAUGGAAGCGAUUAUUUUCACUUUCUGAAACUGAAAGAAGAUACGCAGAAGCCAUCAAUGGAGGUCCCAACCCCACCAAUGAUCCAUGGCAUCGACGGUUUUCAGUCUCAGAAACCAAAUGACUUGAGUCGUGAAAAGAGUAACAUCAUAGAAAACCAUAAUUUCUCAAACGGUUUGGACUCGUGGCAUGCAAACUGCUGUGAUGCCUUUUUAUCGGUCCAAGAAACAAGACCAAAAUCAUGCAAGCAUCAUGCUGUUGUUACAAACAGAAGCCAAAACUGGCAAGGCUUAGAACAAGACAUCACUCACAAGAUUUCCUCUGGUUCUACUUACACGGUUUGUGCUCGUGUUGGAGUUUCCGGGACCAAACUUCAAGGCAACGCUGAAGUCAUUGCGACCCUCAAACGCGAAUACCAACACUCGGGCACCAAAUAUUAUAACAUCGCAAGGACCACUGUUUCCAAGGGAAAAUGGGAGAACUUAGAAGGUACAUUCGUGUUGAGGGAUAAGCCUGAUCGUGUGGUGAUUUACUUGGAAGGGCCAAAUCCUGGAGUUAACAUUCUCAUCGAAUCGGUUUUAGUCUUCACUCAUUUACAGGAUAAAAUCUUACCAUGUGUAUAUACUGCUGACGACAACAUCAUACUGAACCCUGAUUUUGAGGAUGGAGUUAACAACUGGUCCGGACGAGGGUGCAAGAUUGCUGUACAUGCCUCCAUGGGAGAUGGCAAAAUCAUUCCUAAAUCCGGGAAGUUCUUCGCAUCGACAUCAGAACGUACCCAAAGUUGGAACGGGAUUCAACAAGAUAUUAGCGGAAAACUUCAACGAAAACUUGUGUAUGAAGUCACCGCAUUCGUUAGAAUCUUUGGCAACAAUGUUACUAGCUCGACUGUUAGAGCCACAUUGUGGGUUCAGACCCCUGAUUCCCGUGAACAUUACAUCGGCAUUGCUAACACGCAAGCAACGGAUUCCGAUUGGGUACAAUUGCAAGGAAAGUUUCUUUUAAACGGGUUGCAGUCGAAGGUGGUGGUAUAUCUCGAAGGCCCGUCUCCAGGCACUGAUAUUCUUGUUGAUGGCUUCAUCGUUAAGCAUGCCGAGAAAACACCUCCGUCACCACCUCCCGUCAUUGAGAAUCCGGAUUAUGGAGUUAACAUCAUCACGAAUAGUAAUCUUAGCGAUGGAACAAACGGGUGGUUCCCACUCGGUAACUGUUCAUUAAAUGUGGUGACUGGUUCGCCUCAUAUACUCCCACCGGCUGCACGAGACACCCUGGGGCCACACGAGCCGUUAAGCGGUCGUUGUAUACACACGACCAACCGGACCCAGACCUGGAUGGGUCCGGCGCAGAUGAUCACGGACAAAGUGAAGCUAUUUGUAACCUACCAAAUAUCAGCAUGGGUUCGGCUUGGUCCUGGAGCCAGUGGUCCACAGAACAUAAAUGUGGCUCUUGGGGUUGACAGCCAGUGGGUGAAUGGUGGUCAAGUGGAGAUCAGUGAUUCUAACCAGUGGCAUGAAAUUUGUGGGUCAUUUAGAAUUGAAAAGCAACCGGCGAAAGUGAUGGUUUAUAUUCAAGGACCAGCGCCUGGAGUCAGUUUCAAGCUGGCUGGACUUCAGAUCUUUGCUGUGGAUCGUCAGGCCAGAUUUAGGCACUUACGGCGACAAACCGAUAAGAUUCGUAAACAAGAUGUAACCCUGAAAUUUCCGACCCCGGACUCAAGCAGUAUGUACCCAACGAUGGUAAUAGUGAAACAAAUUCAAAACAGUUUCCCGAUCGGAACAUGCAUAAGCCGAACAAACAUUGAUAACGAAGACUUCGUCGCUUUUUUCGUUAAAAAUUUCAACUGGGCCGUGUUUGGAAACGAGCUCAAAUGGUACUGGACCGAGUCGCAAAAAGGGAACUUGAACUACCAAGACGCCGAUGAUCUUUUAAAACUAUGUGACGAUAACAACAUCUCGGCUCGAGGGCAUUGUAUCUUUUGGGAUGUUGAUAACACGGUUCAAGAUUGGGUCAAGAACCUUAACAAAACCGACCUAGGCGCAGCCGUCCAGAACCGGUUGACUAGCUUACUUAACCGAUACAAAGGUAAGUUCAAGCAUUAUGACGUGAACAAUGAAAUGCUUCACGGCUCCUUCUACCCAAGCCGGUUGGGCCAAGAUAUACGAGCCAACAUGUUCAAAACCGCGAACCAGUUGGACCCAUCAGCCACGUUGUUUGUGAAUGAUUACCAUGUUGAAGACGGGUGUGACACGAGAUCCACACCCGAGAAAUACAUAUCACAGAUUCUUGAUUUGCAACAACAAGGUGCACCAGUUGGUGGGAUUGGGAUACAAGGGCAUAUCGAUAGUCCGGUGGGUCCAGUCGUUUGUUCGGCUCUUGACAAACUAGGAUGUCUCGGACUCCCUAUCUGGUUCACCGAGCUUGAUGUGUCAUCUAUAAACGAGUACAUUCGAGCAGAUGAUUUGGAGGUUAUGUUUCGUGAAGCUUUUGCUCAUCCCGCGGUUGAAGGGAUUAUGAUUUGGGGGUUUUGGGAGUUGUUUAUGAGUCGCGAAAACUCACAUUUGGUUGAUGCUGAAAGUGAGAUUAACGUAGCCGGGAAUCGGCUUCUUGAGCUCAAAAAAGAAUGGUUGUCACAUAGUCAUGGACAUGUUGAUGAUAAGGGCGAAUUUUGUUUUCGCGGGUUUCCUGGGACUUACGAGGUUAUUGUCGUUACAGAUGGCAAGAAAACGGUCAAGAAAUUUGUGGUCGAGAAAGGUGAUGUUCCGUUGGUGGUGCCCAUAAAUCCUUAAGCGAUUCCAUUGUUGUUUAAAAGAAGUGUUUUCGUUUUUCAUUGUAUGUGUUUGUGUAAGGUGGUGGCUGAAUAAAGGAAAUGAAUUGGAAUAGUAGUUACAUUUAUGUAACUGUUUGAAACAAAUAUUUUAA